AUGGAAUCAUUUUGGCCAUGGCAUUUUAUCACGCUUUCUGAAGAUGAGAAGCUCCAUCGCAGGGAACUUCUGGACAUCCGAGGCGCCUUCGCGCAAUGGUCUGUCGUGAUACUCAUGCUGAUCCUCCGAGUCGUAUAUCAAACCUGGAAGACAUCAUCUCAAACAGAAAAGGGGGUUAAAUCACCCCGAGGACCUGUCUCAUGGUGGGACCGGCCCCUGGUCGCGGGGUGGCUUGAAACCCGACGACAGUAUGCCAUAUGCGGUCUUUGGCUAUCAUGGCUAUUUGGUCUUUGUGUAUGGAAUAGCGGCGAUGAUUAUCUCCACUUGACCAAAGCGCUGGGCCAUGUCGCUCUCUCCCAGAUUCCCUUGCAGGUUUUGAUGUCGCCCGCAGCAUACAUAUCAAUCUCUAAGCCUUCUGCGGCAUCGGUAUUUUCGUUCAUCACUUCUAUUCCUCAGGGUACUCUUACCCCGUACCACCGGCUCUUUGGUCGUGUGGUUAUCUCGCCUUUGCUUUUCGGUCAUGCCUCGCUUUACCUGCUGUUCUUUGUGCAGAAUAGCCAUCCGGAGUUUGGCAUACUUUUAGCGAAGCGGGUGCGUGACUUCGAUGUUCAGUGUGGUCUCCUAGCCCUAUCUGGGGCGGUCGCAUUGUUCUUCUUUGCCCGACCUCGUGUUACUACCCGAAGGGGGGCAGCAGGUGCAGCUGGAUCUAUACAGGACCGACGACGGGUUUUCUAUCUGGUCCAUGUCUCCUUGGUUGCUUUGCUAUGUGGUGCGGCGUACUUCCAUGUUGCCCAAGCACAGAAGUAUAUGGUUCAGUCGUUGGGUGCAUUUUUGAUGAACGGAGUAGGUUCUUGGGCGGCUGUGCGGUGGGGAGGUCGAGUAUAG